ACCGUCAACUUUAAAAACUAAGCCCAGUUGAUUUGAACACACAUGCAAGACUUAUUUUGUGGGUCUUGCAAGCCCUGACUGAGUGCAGUUCAAGCAUAGUUACUUGAUUUCAACGUUUCUAUGAGGACCUUACCCGAAUUGUCACAGUGACACGCCGUGCGAAUGAGUUAAUCCGUCUGUCUAAUUUCUGUUCGCUUGUUUGUUGUUCACUUUUCAUUUAUUUGUUGUGACUAUCUGUGGGAGUAUUUGAUCAGCGGCAAUAUUAUGUCAAAUCUCCGGCCUAGACUUUGUGUUUUAGGAAAGGGGUUGAAUGGCUACGGCUUUCAUCUGCACGGUGAGAAAGGGAAAACCGGACAGUUUAUCCGACUCGUAGAACCAGACUCUCCCGCCGCUGCCACCGGUCUCUUCGCCGGGGACCUACUGACGUUCGUUAACGGGGACAGCGUGGAGGGCGAGAGCCACCAGCAGGUCGUUGCCCGGAUACGAGCCACAGUGGGUAGCCUCGAGCUGAUCGUGGUAGACGCUAAAACGGCGGAGGUACUAAAUAAGCACAGCUUAAAGUGCCGUAAAGAGUAUGUCACGGAGGGCAUCCCGUUACCAGGGGAAGCAGCGAAAAGCAACGGGACCUCGAGAGAGACGACCCUUACACCGACAGAGAACGGAAACCUCUCCCUACAGAGGCUGAGUGUCAACACCAAGGAAUCGAAGGCAGAGCUGCGUCCUCGUCUGUGCUCGCUGAAGAAAGGUGCGACGGGCUAUGGCUUCAACCUGCACAGUGAGAAGUCUAAACCAGGCCAGUACAUCAGGGCUGUGGACGAGGACUCUCCUGCUGACAAGGCUGGCCUCAAACCCCAGGACAAGAUAUUACAGGUUAACAGUAUGUCAGUAGUAGGGAUGCAGCACAGUGAGGUGGUAGCAGCCAUUAAGGCCGGGGGAGAUGAGACCAGUCUACUGGUGGUGGAUCGUGAGGCAGAGGCUUUCUUCAACAGCUGCGACAUCAUUCCUACUGAGGCCCACCUCACAGGACCUCUUCCUGAACCUGUGUCGGAUGGAGGAGCAGAAGAGGAGGUGGGGGUAAAGCCUAAGGUGUCCGUCAGUUCGUCUACAUCCAGCGCUUCCUCCACUGGCUCUCUACCAACAGCCACUGCCAGCACCCCUCCACCAGAGGUACAAUUCCAGGUGGUUCCGGCUAAGGAGUCUGAUGCAGGCCUAGCCCUCAGCAUGUCUCUAGCCCAGGCCAAGGAGAGGGCUCACCAGAAACGUUCAGCCAAGAAAGUCCCUGCCAUGGACUGGCGCAAGAGGAAUGAACUCUUCAGUAACCUAUAAACCACUUAUUUCCUUCCUCCUUUUUGUCGACCUUUUGCUCUCUCCAAACGUGCGCAUACACACACACACACACACACACACACACACACACACACACACACACACACACGUCAAAGUGUUAUUGGUUGUGAUUUCAUGAUUUUCAUCAUGUGUUAAUUUAGGGGUUUUCCACUCCUGAAUAAGAAACAAUUAGAAGUUGGAAAAACAAUGUACAUUUGACCUCUAGUAGAGUAAGAUGAUGACAAAAUAAGAGAUUAUGGGAUGCAGGGAAAAUGAUAAAGGAAUAAACAUUGCUAGAAAGUGUCAAGGUGUGUUGUCAGUCUUUUAAUCUGGUUGGUUGGUGGUCGCAAUACUUCCUUAUAAAAUCAUGAGCUAGCCAAUAGCAAGCUGGAACUGAUGGAGCUUUGUGGAUGACUGAUUCAUCUUCAAUAUAUUUCCAGAGACUUUCAUGCUUUAGUACUUCUGACUAGAUGAACGACAGAUGAUCUGUUGAAUUCUUAGCAAUACAAGACCAUUGUCUAAGCAUUUAUCACCUAUGUGGUCUACACYUCUGUUUGGCAAAUAUUACUGAAUUUGUUCAGGAAUUGUAUCGUUCUAAUGCUGACCACUGGUUUACUUUGGUGUGAUGUUUACUACCCUGUCUAUUUGAAGAUUUUGUCAUGUCAAUUCUUAGAUGGGGAAUUUAAAAUACAUUCAAUUCUGUUCUAAAUGUGACAUGGUCAUAUAUGUGGUUCUAGAUUUUUGAAUCCAAAGUUAACCAUUCUAUCUUAAUGUAAAGUUGAAACAUUCCUGGGUUAACAACCUGUCCAAACCGGUGUUCAAUCACACCUAUUGUAAAAUCUUAAAUAGUUUAUAUUUGUAUCAUUUUUUUCCCCCUGCCAUUCUCAACGAAUGACAUGAAAAUAUAAUUUUAUGUUUCUUUCAUUAGAUUUGUACAUAGUGAAUUGUGUCUUAAAGAAAGAAAUCCUCAGUUUGUUUGUUUCUGAAUAGACUCUCUUGGUUGAAUGGAAUGUUAGCCAACUGUACAGUGUAUCAGUCAUUUCCUACUUUGUGUCAGUUAGCUCUGGUCCAGGGCGCCACUAGGUGCUAUAGUAUAGACCAGGGAUCAACUCCAACUCUGGUCCUGGAGAGCUACUGGGUGUGAAGGCUUUUGUACACUGGUAGAAGGGCUGAGUUGUAUUGAUGAGGAUGACAGUUAUAAAUUUGGGAUCAAACA